AUGUCCACCGCUCGCUAUGCGCCCUCGGCCGCCCAUCCCAUGGCCCAGCAAGCCGCAUACCGCGCUCCAGCGCCCAUCGCCGUCUCCAAUGCUCCCCCAGGCACCUUUGCGCCUGGCACAAAGGUCCAGGUGGGCAACCACCGUGUCACCAUCGAGAAGUACCUCUCCGAGGGCGGUUUCGCGCAUGUCUACCUCGUCCGCGUUCCCAAAUCCGACAACGGAACUCCCGAGACGGCCGUCUUGAAGAGAGUAGCCUGUGCAGACAAAGAUGCACUGGCAAACAUGAGGACUGAGGUGGAGACUAUGAAGAAGCUCAAGGGCCACAGCAAGAUCGUCACAUACAUGGACUCGCAUGCUUCACAACUCAAGACUGGGGGCUAUGAAGUCUUCCUCCUUAUGGAGUUUUGCUCAGGCGGCGGUUUGAUCGACUUCAUGAACACAAGGCUACAGCAUAGGUUGACCGAGCCCGAAAUUCUACACAUCUUCUCCGAUGUCGUCGAGGGCGUUGCAACUAUGCACUACCUCAAGCCGCCGCUCCUCCAUCGCGACCUGAAGGUCGAAAACGUCCUCAUCACUACCGUCGGAGGCAACAAGAUAUACAAAUUAUGCGAUUUCGGAUCCACCGCACCGCCAAGACCUGCCGCUACAACUGCCGCCGAAGGGAGACUGAUCGAGGACGAUGUACAACGCCAUACUACACUACAGUACCGCAGUCCAGAAAUGAUUGACGUAUACCGCAAACAGCCGAUAGAUGAGAAGAGCGACAUCUGGGCGCUGGGUGUGCUCUUGUACAAACUGUGCUACUAUACUACACCAUUCGAAGAGGUGGGACAGAUGGCCAUCUUGAACGCCACGUUCAAGUACCCAGCUUACCCUCAGUUUUCCGACAGAAUAAAGAAGCUCAUAGGCUCGAUGCUGCGAGAGAAUCCACAGCAUCGACCGAAUAUCUACCAGGUGGUCGCUGAGGUCUGCUCAAUGCGACACCGACCUAUUCCUAUCAAAGACAUCUAUUCUGGCAGAACACAGUCAGAAGCGCGACGGAAUCAGCAGCUUCCGCCUACCGAGCCCCAGGUCUCUUCGCCGCCUCCUGUUGUGGGUCUGCAAAGAGUUGCACCCACAGUUCAGGUCCAACAAAUACCAGAGGUUACACCCAUGAGAAGAGGCAGGCCUACUGGUCCCGCUCAGCAACCUCCGGCGGCAAGGCCAAGUCCAUCGCCCAUGAGAGGCACGACAUCCGAUCCAUUUGCUGCACUUGACUCUCAGGAUGUCCAGGUCAGACGUGCUGCUGCUGAUGAACUGGCCUCGCGCUUCCCAUCUCUGGAUGAAUUCUCCUUAUUGCAUGACCGAGGCCAGAAGUUUGAAUUUGGUGAAGCACCAACGACUUCCGACCCAGCACUUACCAAGCGAGUGACGGAUGCGCUUGCCGACGAAGCCUUUGCAUCACCUCCACUCUCCAAGGUCGACUCAACACCUGGAGUUAAGCCUUCAUCUACAGUGUCCUCUACGGGUGUCUCCAGGACCACUUCUCUGAGAAAGCCACAACCCUAUGAAGCCAAAGAUAGUCCGCGAAACGCAAGUACAAACAUACAGUCACCCAUCCCACAGCGGGUCGGUAUGGUGUCCACUGGUGUCCAAACGUCUCCACGGGCGUCUCCUGUUUCCGCACAGCAGAAACUUCCUGACGUUAACAACCGGCCAAUCUGGAAAGUACCUCUUUCAACACACCACAAUCGUGCUUUGAGCCAACAGGCGUCGGAAAGUCGACCGAGAAGUCCUCUGAGCAGCCCAUCAUUGAGACCCGAAUUCGCUUUGCCAGCGCGCCCUUCCUUUGAGUCGAGAUCGAAAUCUCAACUCAACAUCCCUCAAUCUCCUGCUUCAUCUAGACCUUCUCUGGAAAGCUCGCGCCCAUCGACUAUGGAGAUCGGCUCUGCAAUCGAUCGAUCGAGAUCUGCAAAUUCGAAUGCACGUCCAGCUAGUAUGCACGUAGAGUCAAACCUUGACUAUCUCCGUGAUCGAGAGAUGGCACCCGGUCGUAACUUUGAUGCUCCAUCAUUACAGCGUCGCGUUACCGCAAACGCAAUCGACGAUUCUGAACCCGAGGAGAAGAAUGUCAGGUCAAGCGUCGAUUUCCUCCGUUCUAUCGAACAAGAGGAGCAUGGGCAUAAGCACCGCCGAAGUAGCUCACAUGGCAAGCAUGGCAAGCGCGGCAGCAUCACGAAUAUUGUCAAGGGAAGGUUUGGUGACGCUUUCCGCCGCUUUGAGUCUACGAAGACGCCUGAGCACGAGCGAGAUCAACCACCCAUGACACCUACCAACCAGGUUAUGGAUUCCAAGGGUAGCUUGACACCCAUUGCCGGCUCCGAAGCUACAGGUGGCUUGAGUGACGAUGACCGCAGCCAAAUUGAUGAAACACAGGAUCUGCCACCAGAGGUUCGAAGAGAACUUGAGAAGAGGCAGUUGGCUGAAGAAGAGCGUCGUGUUGAAGCUGCUGCAGCCGAAUAUAAGCAACGCGUCGCUUCGCAAGGGCAAGGAGGGCCUAAAGCUGGCCCGUCCAAGGCUUCGUCGAUUCAGAACCGCGUCAAGAACUUGCUAGAUGAAAGUAGCAAACCAGCAGCUUCCAACCGUACGGCCGAGGGCUACGGAAAGUACACCGAUACUGGAAAGCCUCUGCCUAUGCGACCACAGGAUCAAAGCGGUGCACGACAGCCACCUGCCAUUGCUCGGAAACCCAUGAACGUCUCCUCACAACAGCCCCAAGACCUCGCUUACGCAAAACCGUCUUCGAUCCGACCAAACAUGCCGCCACCAGCACCUUCCGCCUCGGCACCACCAACGAUCAACGUCCGCAACCCUUCUGGGCCUCCUCCACGCGCCCCCAAGCCCAAAAAUUUGCAGACAGGUGGCUCAGUAGGUCCUGGCCAAAGUUCGCCUGUCAAGUCUACCCCCACAGUCAAGGAGAAGCCACUUCCGCCCAUCAGCCGUGACGGCGGUGAAGACUUCGACGUCGACACCUUCAGCAAGCGUUACCCCAGCCUAAGUGGUCUGGAAAUGGUAGAAACAGAGAUCCCACGCCACACCGUUCGCGAUGUCUAA